UCGACAGUGAUGUGAAGAGAAGCUGACGGCUCUGCUGGUUCCGUGGAGGUCCUCCAACUCCAGAGGUUACGAGUUCUGACACAAAAGCGCGGCGCAGCGAGCAAUGAGGAAGAAAGAAAAGAGGUCCUUGUCCAACCAGAGACGCAGGUGGACCACAGAAGACAUGAGCACCAGCCAAUCCGGCACCAGGGCGGCCUCCUCUUGCCAAUUUGUGCGUGACGAAUCAAAUGCGACCCCGUAAUUGAACAACGGAUUUAUCUUUUCUACUUUGAUAAAUCAUUCAUUCCUGACACAACAUUGACUCAAGGUGCACUUACUGCUGUGUUAUUUUAUAAAUAAACAUACACAAAUCGGAUACAAUUUGUGUAUGGAUACAAAAUACAAAAUACAAGUAAAUUACCGUGCCAACACGUCCUCGCUCCCUUUAAAAAAAAAAAAAAAAAUGGCGCUGGCCCCCCGAUGAAUAGAUGUUAGAUGGCGCUCUCUCCAAUGGAUACCGCGACGACGCCCCAGGUGGCCCGGCGGGGGCGUAACGCGGCGGGGGCUCCCGCGUCGGUGGUCCUGUCCGCGGCCGCCUCCUUCCUCCGUUGGCUCGCCCUGCUGUCGAUGGUGCGGUUGCCGACGGUAACGGCCGACUGCUGGCUCAUCGAGGGCGAGAAAGGCUUCGUGUGGCUCGCCAUCUGCAGCAUGAACCAGCCGCCUUACGAGGCCAUCCCCUCCCACAUCAACAGCACCAUCGUGGAUCUGAGGCUGAAUGAGAACAAGAUACGGUCGGUCCAUUAUUCUUCGCUCAGUCGCUUUGGCAACCUCACCUAUCUGAACCUCACCAAGAACGACAUCAGCUACGUGGAGGACGGGGCCUUCUCGGCUCAAUUCAACCUGCAGGUCCUCCAGAUGGGUUUCAACAAGUUGAGGAACCUGACGGAGGGGAUGCUGCGCGGCCUCGGCAAGCUGCAGUACCUCUACCUGCAAGCCAACCUCAUCGAGUCCGUCACGCCCAACACCUUCUGGGAGUGCCCCAACCUAGAGAACAUCGACCUCUCCAUGAACAGGAUCCAGGUGCUGGACGGCGGCUUGUUCUCCGGACUCUCCAAGCUGACCACGUGCGAACUCUACACCAACCCCUUCAACUGCUCCUGCGAGCUGCUGGCGUUCCUCCGCUGGCUCUCGGCCUUCCCCAACCGGACCAGCGAGCGGAUGGCGUGCGACUCGCCGCAAGGUUUCUUCGGCUACAACCUCCUGAGCCAGAACCCGCGGCUGCCGACCCAGCGCAACGCGCUGCACGUGCUCGGCCUCGUCUGCACGGACGACGGCAGCAGCGUGACGUCCUUCUACAUGAUCGGCACGGCCGACUCCCCCACCCUGCCGCCGGAUUUCGCCUCUCCCUGCGGGCUGGACGACUGCGCCUCCGGGACCCCUCCCGACGAGGUCAUCAACAUAAGCCCCAUCUUCUCCGACAGCAAGCCGGUCAUGGUGCUGAAGCAGGUGCUGCAUUCCAGGGCCGUGAUCACGGUUCAGAUCCCUCAGCCGUACAGGAAGAUGUACAGCCUGGUGCUCUACAACAACAGCUUCUACCUGGACAUACAGGUUCUGAAGAACCAGAGGGAAGACAUCGAGCUGAACAACCUGAAGCCCAACACCGACUACACGUACUGUGUGGCCUCCAUAAGGAACUCCUUGCGCUUCAACCACACCUGUCUGACUAUCUCCACCGGACGCCGGGCCGGAGAAGACACGGCGGACAGUCAGUCGUCGGCCACCCACUACAUCAUGACCAUCCUGGGCUCCCUGUUCGUCAUGCUGCUCUUUCUCGGCCUGGUGGUCCACUGCCUGAGGAAGAAGAGGAUCAUGCAGGAGAAGGAGAGGAAGAUGAGCAGGAUCCAAAGGACUCUGAUAGAGCUCAAGUACGGCGGGGGGGAGGGGGACAUAGAGGGAGGCGGAGGAUCCGUCCCCCAGAAGCUCGGCGCCGGGGAGGGUCUGUCCAGAAUGCCGUACCUCCCUCAGGGCGGCGAGAUCGACCCGUACAAGCUGCAGGAGGUGAUCGAGACGCCGGUGCACAAGCCCGCCAAGCUCAACUACAUGGAGGUGAGAGGGUCCGGCAUCGAAAGGGAGAGGGAACGAGAGCGGGAGCGGGAGAGGGAGAGGGAGAGGGAGAGGGAGAGGGAGAUGUCGCCGCAGGCGAAUCCCCAGGGCUCAGUGGCUGAGAUCUCGACCAUCGCCAAAGAGGUGGAUAAAGUCAACCAGAUCAUCAACAACUGCAUCGAUGCCCUCAAAUCGGAGUCCACCUCCUUCCAGCAGGGGAUGAAAUCCCCCUCUUCUGCGGGCGGGGGGGCGGUUUCCACCGCCGAGCCGCAGCUGGUGCUCCUCUCCGAGCCAGGGGAGAGAGAGAGAGGAAGCGAGUUCCUCUCGCCGGUGUACAAGGGGGGGAGAGGAGGGAGAGAAGAUCGCGGGAGGAGCUAUCAUCACUCUCUGCAGCGCCACCACAGCAUGGAGGCGCCUCCCACCUCCAAAAGGCCCAGCACCUCCUCCUCCCCCGGCUCCGCGCGGAGCCCCCGCUCCUUCCGCUCGGAGGGAGGCUACCACUCGUCGGAGAGCCGCUACAUCGAGAGGGCCUCGGCCGGCGAGCGAGGGGAACGGGGCGGGGAGGCGGUCCGCGGGGUCAACCCCGCCGCGGCCAUCUUGCGGGCCGAGGCCCAGAGAAUCCGCCAGUACAACGAGCACCGCCACUCCUACCCCGGCUCCCAGCAGCACCUCCAGGAGCUGCAGCAGCAGCAGCAGCAGCAGCAGCAGCACCACCCCCAGGUCCUGCAGGACCUCCACCACCACCCGGGCGGCCGUAAGCCCUCCAUGUUGGACCCCCUCACCCUCAGCAGGCAGGCCAAGCAGCGGGAGCUGGCCUACUCCCAGCUCUCCCCGCACUACCCGCUCUCGCCCCAGUACCACAACCUCAGCUACUGCUCCAGCCCGGAGGAGGACGAGGAGGACGAGGGUCUCCUCUGCACCCCGACCCUGGGCCUGUGGGAGAGGUUCAAGCUGCACCGCAAGAGGCACCGGCAGGCGUCGAUGGAGGACGAGGGGUACGUGGCGGCCGGCCACGCCCUGAGGCGGAAGGUGCAGUUCGCCAAGGACGAGGAUCUGCACGACAUACUGGACUACUGGAAGGGGGUCUCCGCCCAGCAGAAGACCUGAUGCGCCCCCCCCGCCCCCCGCCCCACCGCGCGGAGAGAGCCAGGAACGCGCUGAAGACCGGAAAAUACCAACAACACACGGACUGAUACACAAUGGACUUGUAAAUACGCACAAACACACACACACACACACACGACUUGCAGGAUCCACGGAAUUGGACUGCACACACAGAUCUAAACACACACACACACACACAUACACACAUACACACACACGUUACACAAACCAAGCCUUUGCUUCUAAGAACACGAAGUUGGACCAAACUAAUAUAUUAUAUUGAACAACAAAGCAUAGCUUAGAGAUACUGAGUUACGUUUUGUAAUGUAAUGCACAUUAUAGCUCAGACGUAUGUAGCUGUUUGUACUAAGUUUUGAAUGAAGAAAAAAUAAGAAUAAUAAUAAUAAUGAAAAUUAAGAGCAGAAACCUUAAAUGUUGCCAGGCAACCCAUCCUGAACCGCCUAGCCACGCUUUCAAUCUGCCUCCAGACUUGAUCCAUCCAUGCGACCCGACCGCGGCCCGACUGACCUCUCCGGUGGUUGCCAGUCGCCGCGGUGACCCGUUUAACGUUCUGCCUCGACGGGAAAGCUCGGGGACGCUGCUUUAAAAAAAGGAAAAAAGAAAAAAUACAACAUUUGAAAAGAUCCGCCGUUAUGUGGGAGAUUUUUUUACAUCACAGUGACAGACUGUGGAUGGGUCGCCAGGCAACAGUCAUAUUCUACCGUGCUGGGAAGGAGUCGGUGGCUCUCACCAGGACGUUAGCAUAAUGUGCCAAAUCAACAAAGUGUGUGUGUGUGGGGGGGGGGGGGUAGAGCCCCUGCAGCGUACCAACUUCCCCCCCCCGCCACUGUUUUUAUAGAGAUUUUAAAAACCUAGAAUGAUAUGUUACUACUAUUAAUUAUUCUUAUUACUGGUCUUCUUCUUAUUCUUGUGCUCCGCUCCAUUAAUAUUCUAUUAUUUCAACACUGACUGUUUCUAAAACCUCUCAGUCCGAGAAGCACCGACGACGGACCAGACUUUUGAGUUCUUCUUUUCUACCCAAGAGGAAUGUGCUCUCUGCCGAAAAAACCAGACCCCCCCCCCCCCCUACACCUGCUCCUCCUCCUCCUAAAGAGGGGCCGCUGUACAGAUGAGAGAGAGAAGUUCUAUAUUUGCAACAGAGGUGACUGUUUAGUUUGCACGACGUCCCGGUGGUCGGCUGCCUGCCACUCAUUGAUUUUGAAAUGGAGAUAAGAAUUCUAAUCUUCAAAUGAAUGUUUUUGACGGGGGGGGGGGACAUAUCUGCACUGUUCAAAAUCAAAAAAACGACUCUUCGGGAGAAGACUUGAACUCUCAG